AUGGUAGACGAAGUCGUGGUGAUGAUUAUCGUGAUUUACGUGGAUGACAUUUUGGUGGCUGGGUCUGACGAGGAUUGCGAGGAGUUGCUUGCUUCUCUCAACAAGAAAUUUCCCACCAAAAACCUUGGAGAGUGUCAAUGGUUUGAUGGGUGUGCCAUCGAGAGAGAUGUAGAGGCUGGGACUCUUAGAAUCUCCCAAACCGCGUAUAUCGACAGCAUGGUUGAACGCUUCGAUGUGAAAUCAACUUCCCGCAUCCCCGCUACCCCUGGUGCCGAUCUAGGGCCGAAGCGAGAGGAUGAGGAAGGAGGGGAGUGGCCGGUGAGGGAGGCCAUCGGCAGCAUGAUGUGGGUGUCGACUUUCUCGCGUCCAGACGUCUCGUUCGCCGUGCGUGCGGUAGCGCGCCACGCCCACGCCCCGGCGAAGCGGCACUGGGAUGCCAUACAGAAGAUCCUCGGCUACCUGAAAGGGACGAGGGACCUCGGCAUCACCUACCAACGGGGAUCGGGGUUAGGGCUGGCCGUGUACGUAGACGCUCGCUACGACGACACGGAGGAUAGGCGUUCGGUGUCAGGGUUGGCGAUGACA